UGCCAAUUGCCGCAUCGGGCAAACGACCGUGUCCCUGUGUGUGCUGCAACAUGCUCGAAUUCGAUACGCGAGCAGAUUGCGCAAAAAUAGCACUCCCGUUUCCACUAUCAAACUCCGCUUCUGGACAUGCACUUUGCCUUUAUUAUACAGAGACGCAAGGAUGGCCGCGCGGUGUGGUGCACGGUACGGCAAGCUCAACCAUGCAAUAUCAGAGUGGUCGGAAUGACCAGAUCUGGCAGCAAAGGGCUGUCGUAGGCGCUCGGCUCCGCCCGUACAGCUGGCAUGGAGGAAUCGUGUUGCUUGGGUCUUGCCAUGGCUGUAAAGCCACCGGGCAAAACACCAUGCCCGCGAUCCUCUAUCUGCGAGAGCUGCUGCCGGGGCCUCGCCCUCCUCUGGUGCUCAGCCCAAGGAGCCAAGAAAGCCUCAUCUGCCGUCCUCUGCUGCUGCGCAAAAACCCAGCUCAGCCUCGGGACACACGAUGGUACCAACUGUUUUCAGUCGUGAGAGAGUCGGCGUUUGCCUUGGUUCAACCCAUACAUCUUGAUCCUUUGAGUUGGAGCGACCCGUGGCGUGUCAAGGCGGGCCUGCUGGCGUCACGAGGCACAACUCAUGUGCUCUUGAAUAGCCAGCCCUCCUCGCCUUGCACGUAGGGAUAUUUGCGCGAGUGAUGGGACCGUCUCAAGAAAGCAUAUGUCAGGCCACGGGGCUGCCUCUUGAAUCGCCUCGAUGCUGGUUGCCCUACGCACUUUGUUUGCGUUCGCCAAGACGGGGCAAGACGACGACGGGGGAGCACGUGGCGUACCGGCUGGACGGAAAGAUCAGGACAGGUCUAGACCAAGGGUGAGUGGGCAGACCAUGGGCAAAGAGAGGUCGUAUUCCUUCUGAAUGCGUAAAAUGUCCAGACCCAGAUGGGAGACCUAGCCCUAACCUUCAUAGUGUGUAACUUUAUAGUCUGCGUCGAUGAAAUCGGUUUGGCGUGGAGCAUGAGUAUUCCUCGAAGCUGGACUAGACUGUUAUGUGC